UACCACUUCCACGCUUCCUUAUAACCCCUUCCUCUACUUCCUCUAUAACCACUGCCUCUGCUUCUUAUAUAACCACUUCCACGCUUCCUUAUAACCGCUUCCUCUACUUCUUCUAUAACCACUUCCUCUACUUCUUCUAUAGCCACUUCCACGCUUCUUCUGUAACCACUGCCUCUACUUCCUCUAUAACCACGGCCUCUACUUCUUAUAUAACCGCUUCCUCUACUUCUUCUGUAACCACUGCCUCUACUUCCUCUAUAACCGCUGCCUCUGCUUCUUAUAUAACCACUUCCACGCUUCCUUAUAACCGCUUCCUCUACUUCUUCUAUAACCGCUUCCACGCAUCUUAUAUAACCGCUUCCACGCUUCUUAUAUAACCACUUCCACGCAUCUUCUAUAACCGCUUCCACGCUUCUUCUGUAACCACGUCCUCUACUUCCUCUACUUCCUCUACUUCUUCCACACUUCUUCUAUAACCACUUCCACGCUUCCUUAUAACCACUUCCUCUACUUCUUCCACGCUUCUUCUAUAACCACUUCCACGCUUCCUUGUAACCACUUCCUCUACUUCUUAUAUAACCACUUCCUCUACUUCUUCUAUAGCCACUUCCACGCUUCUUAUAUAACCGCUUCCACGCUUCCUCUAUAACCGCUUCCACGCUUCCUUAUAACCACGUCCUCUACUUCUUCCACGCUUCCUCUACUUCUUAUAUAACCACUUCCACGCUUCCUUAUAACCACUUCCUCUACUUCUUCUAUAACCGCUUCCACCACUUUUUCUGCUUCCUCUACCCACCGCCAAGUCCACCGCCUAGUCCACCACCUUUUUUUUUUCCACCGCUCCCGGACCGCUAGUUCAUGUCUUUUUCUGCCGCCAAGGCCACAGCUGCAUCCUAAACUCUUGUCCACUUCAUCCACUACUGAUUCUAAAAUCUCCUGAACCGUUUCUUCUAGAGCUCUUCCAGAGCUCUUCUACCACUGAUUCAAACUUCCACACGACUACCUCCACCACUUCUUCCACCACUUUCCUUCUCCUCCACCACUUUCCUCCUCCUCCACCACUUUCCCUCUCCUCCACCACUUUCCCCCUACCUCACAGCGUCUAUAUCCAAUUCCUCCGCCAACCCUAUUAGUUUUUCUCCGACUUCUAUAACUACUUCCAAAACUCUUUCUACAGCUUCUCCCAAACUUUUUCCACAGCUCCUCCACCGCUCCUCCACAGCUUUUCCGCAACCUAUCCCUAACUUUUCUUCUACUCCAAACUACAUCCUCCACUUCUUCCGCCGCCUCCACCUCUUCCGCCACCUCCGCUUCUUCCACCACUCUGAACCUUCCCGAGCACCACUUCCACAACCACCUCUCCAGCUUUCUCUACAGCUCCCUCCCCGCCUUCCUCCAUGACCCUCCCCGACUUUCUCCCCACCACUUCCACCGCCUCUUUGCCGCCGAGCCGCUAGCCGCCCACCCCCGGACAUACGCGGCCCGGAGAUACCGCCGCCGCCCGCGCCGCGACGCCACAGCGGAGCCGGCGGCAAACGGAGCGAGCGCAGCGAGCUGCCAAGGCGCCAGACACGGACGCGGACGCGGCACCGCCGCGCGAACGCCGCGCCAACACCGUCUUCCUGCUAGCGCACGCUGCCGCUUCCUUCUCUCUUGGCCUCUCACGCUCACGCUCACGCUCUCCCUCUCCCUCUCUCCCCCCACCCCUCCUCCGCUCUCCUCCGCUCUCCUCCGCCUUCUCCGCUCGCUGUUUCCUCCCGCCGCCGACUU